CUUAAACGCACAUAGCGGCGCGUGUAGUAGGUUUCUUAAGACUUCUACAGCCGCGAGCAAAUAUACGGUUUUUUUUGGCGUUAAAGUUGAUAUUUCUCCCCCAGAAUACUUACACUUUUGGAAAAUUAUACUGUGUCUAUUUUUCGACCAAUAAUUAAAGGUUUGUGAGCUUGCAAUAUGAACGUUUUCGGCUAGUAAAAGAAUAUAUUGAAUUAAAGUGAAAAUCGAGGAAAUUACAUACAUCUGAAGAAGAAGAAAAAAAAGACAAUUGUGAAAGUGCUAUAUUUCACCUACAGCGAUUUAGGAAUGGAGUACGCUUAGAUACAUAUUUAGAGCUACCUUGAAUCCGUAACGGCAGAUGGAGACUCAGUGAGUCGAAUUGUCCUGACCCUCUCUCAAUCUGAUUUCGCCAUGGUUCAGCAAUUCCAGUCGAGGGUUGAGAGGGACUCUCAAGCGGUAGUGGAUCUAUCGAAGGACAAUUCACAAGUGUGCAUCUUUGGGAAGAAGGAGAAUGUCAGCAUCGCCCAAGCCCUGAUAGACAGAAUGGUGAAGAAAGACAACAGCAUAUCGCCCUGUAUCGACAUACGAUUACGGGGAGGACAUGAUGAGAGUGGGUUUCAUGAAGGGUCAGAAUUUUCAUACAAGAACGGUUCAAGUAGUAGUGGAGGUGUAGACUUUAUGAAGGAAAAUGGGAGUUCAACCUGUGGUGAUGCAACAGAAAAGACGGAUAUAUCAUCGGUGAAACACCGUACAGUGGAAAGUGCUAAUAAAGUUUCAGAUGUCUCUGUGUCGGGGGGAAAGAGACCCCAACGGGCGCACGCUGCCCUGAAAAGGACCAUGUCGGUGGGGAUGGGUCCCCUUCCGUCAUCCCUAUCAGAGCCCCGAAAAAAUCCCCUGACCAAGACGGUGUCAUACGGCAAUGAACUGAGACUGGCCGAAAACUCGCUGUCCAGAUUAAAACUCUCUCAUCAGUCCUCGACUUCUUCAGACGACGAAGAAACGACUGACGAAGAAGAGUACAACACGAAGAUUGAGUUUGCGCUCAAGUUGGGAUAUUCCGAGUCACAGCUGGCAUCUGUGCUGAAGAAACUCGGCAACAAAGCGGGACAGAACGAGAUUCUGUCGGAACUGAUCAAGCUGAGCACAACGAGUGUGGACAGGGACUCAAAGAGCAGCGAUGAGGGGAACUCGAGUUUCUGUGCAAUGGAGGGUUCUUCAGAGAACCUUUUGAACUUCACCCCCGAGAACUGUUUCGACCUUUCGGAUUCUUCCUCAAAUUUUCGUCAUAUUGUUAUCGAUGGUAGCAAUGUUGCAAUGAGUCAUGGCAACAAGGAGAUCUUCUCGUGUCGAGGGAUACAGCUGGCUGUCGAUUGGUUCAGAGAACGAGGUCACCAAGCCAUCACCGUCUUCGUGCCUCAGUGGCGGAAAGAAACCUCACGCAUUGAUGCCAAAAUCACAGAUCAGGAGAUACUGUUUCAACUGGAAAAAGAGAAGAUUUUGGUGUUUACACCCGCACGCAGAAUCGGAGGAAAGAGAGUGGUGUGCUAUGAUGAUCGGUACAUCUUGAAUCUAGCGUCGGACAGCGGGGGCGUCGUGGUCUCUAACGAUAACUACCGGGAUCUGGUCAGCGAAAAACCAGAGUACCGCAAAGUGGUGGAAGAGAGGCUUCUGAUGUACUCCUUUGUCAAUGACAGGUUCAUGCCUCCAGACGACCCGUUGGGCCGGCAUGGUCCGAGUCUGGACAACUUCCUGUCUAAGGAACCCCGCCAGCCAGAGCCACUGCCUCCGAUCUGUCCGUACGGCAGCAGGAAGUGCACCUACGGAAACAAGUGCAAGUUCUAUCACCCGGAGCGGGGCAACAUGCCCCACAAGAUGGUCAACGAGAAGCUGGCGGAACAGGCCAAACAAAAAAUCCAGGAGGCACGGGAAAAUCGCAAAACCCAGGAUGGAAGUAAAUCUAAGCAACCUUUGUGCAAGAAACCUUCCCGAGGUAAGAUGGCCGUGUCAAGGACACAGUCACUUACCCCCAAAACUCACCCCGACAGCCUGGGAGCAGAAGCCCCGGUCAAACGCCACAGUGGGGACUUUGGCGAGGUGACGGUAAACAUCGACAGCCGGGACCUGGAGAAUGACGAGAAGUGGAAGAGUUACAACGAGAAACUGUCCGAGCACCGGAAACAGAUGGAGCAGGCGGAUAUAGAACACCAGAGACAGAGAUCUGACGCCAAGGAAUCUCAGUUCAGCAUGGUCACAAUGCAGAGUAUGGAGCCGUUCAACAUGGCCAGUAAAAUGGAGCAGCAAUGUGGGUCAAGGUCGUCCUCUCCCAUGCAGAGGUCAACACCGUCCCCGCAGCUGAUGCUGCAGAACGAGGAAUUUCUCAGCGGGCACUUGAUGCUGGCCAAGAAACUUUCGGACGAGGCCGGGGAGACUAAAUCCCACAAGUCAGAGGAGAGACUAUUUAACCGAAGCCCUCCCAUAGGUUACCAUGGUAACAGCCCGUUGGCCACGCCUGUGAAGCAGAACAAGCCCCCCUCACAACAACAACAACAACACCAACCGCUACUAAUGAAUCAACAGCUCCCUCCCCCUCCUCCUCCAUCACACCAGCCCAUCUCUCAACAGUUUUCCCAUCCAGUGCCCAUGCAGCACCAGCAUCAGAAACUCAGCAGGCAGUAUUCUCUGCAAGGACCUCAGGACCCUCGCCUUCAGCGUGGCCAAAUGGCUCCAGCAGCACAUUCCACCAGGACACCUUUUCCGCAAGAAAACUACGGAGCAUUUGGGCUGGCAAGGAAUCCCUUUUCAUCAUCAGAAAACUUUUCCACCCCUCCUCCUCCCUUUAGCGGCAGGCCCGAGCAUCGUUACUUGGGAGAAGAAAGCGAGCAUGCAGCUCUUGCCAGAAUGCAAAGUGCGCCAGAGACGCUUUUCACGAGGAAUGACAAUAACUCGCACAAGAGAUUCGGGAGAAUGGUCCGUCAAAACAGUUCGUCGGACACGCAACUCCACCUUCUUGGAGACCUGGAUCUCGGUCCGAACGAAUACAGCUUAUUUCCUGCGGAGGUCCUGGAUUUCAACAGAAGAUGUCAGCAAAAUCAACAGUUCUCCUCUGGUAUGAAUGCACAGCGAAUGGGAGAUCCUAAUCGUCAGUUGAAAACCAGGGCAGUGGGUUAUACAAAACAAGAAUAUCGGUCGCAGCACGACAAUGGAGAAACCAAAUGGACUUUUGAGCCAGUCUUGGAGCAUGGUGCCGCCUAUAAGAGCCAGUUUUCUGGAAUCCAGGGCAUCGAUGCGUUUGAAUCGGACUAUCCACCCACCCCGUCAUGGCAAAACCAGGACCAGUUAAAAUUCCCAGUGCAAGAAUCUUAUCACUGUCCACAACAACCUUAUGAUAUAUUUCACGAGUAUGGAGGACUACCUUUCUCCCAACCACACAGAACUGUAGAGCAUUGUCAAUCAGGGGGCUUCAGUUUUCAGACACCAACUUCCAAUUUACAUGCGGCCCCCUCCAACUUUUGUGAAAGUCAACAACAUUCCAUGUUACAGAACCCCCCCUCCUCCUCCUCUUGUGGCAAACAAAACAUUGGGGUCAUAGGUCAAGAACACAAACAGAGCCUGUCCAGAACGUCGUCGGCAAAUCUAGGCGGCCAUCCAGCCCCCAAUCAGCAAAGUUCGGCCAUGAACGCAAUGGCUUCGCCGAUGAUGGAAGGCAACGGAAGUCGACCAAAGUUCACGGAUUUCUCCCCCAUCCAGCCGACCGACAGUAGAUACAAUCUUUACUACCAUUUGUGCGGACUCUUUCCCGAGCCGAAAGUGAGAAAAGUGAUGAACGAGCACCCUGAGGAGACAAGUCCCCAGGUGUUGUGUGCACUCAUCAUUGGCAUGUGAUAACGUUGCGAUGUGAUACAUUUUCAGACACAGGAGACAUGAACUUCAGCUAACGUGCUCUGAUGAAAAAAACUGUGAUGUGGAAAUGGUGCAGGUCUAUUAAUGAAUGUUGAAUUGAAAUUACCAUGUUUUUUUACAAGGUUUGGUUAUCCUAUGAUAAACUGAGCUGAUUUUGUUCUCCCUCUUUUUAAAAGCAAGUUUAAUUUUUUGGAGUUAUGAAAUUGUACAAAUGUGAAUAUGUACUGAUACCAUAGAUCUUUAAGUUUUAAUGUACGUUACUUAUAUAAUGUUCAAAGGAAUCUUUGAAAACUUAUCAUUUUAAGAUGAAAUUGAUUAUUGUACAAAAUUAAUUUAUAAUUGAAUUAUUUUAUAACAUAUACUAUGAAUGAAAUGAACCAAGUUCAAUUCUAAAAUGUGGUGCCGUUUAUAACAACCAAUUACUACAGAGUUUAAAAUAACUUGUACAUUUAUUUACAUAUUUACAUGUAGAUAGCUGUAUUGCCAUAUCUGUGACAUAUUGUCCUAUAAUUUUGCAAUUUAUUUUUUUUUUAUGUGCAGUACAUUGUAUUUUAAAUGUGUGAUAUUCACAACACCUGAUACUGCAGCUUUUGAAAAGGAUAUCAGAAUUUUACCUAAAGUAAAUAAAGUAUUUGGAAUUUUGAAAAAAAAA